CUAAAAUUUUAAUUGUAUCAAGAAUUAUUAUAGCCUUUGCAAAAAGAAAAAGAAAUGUCCUAUACUAUUACUACAUGUUUAGUACAUAAAUAAACAAAUAAACAAUAAUUCAGUAAAUUAAUAUGAAUAUAUACUAGGGAUAGAACAUUGACCAGAACUACCCUCACGCUCUUCUCACACAAACUAACACUAAUCUUUCACUUUUAGAAUUCCUUCAAUUCAGGCACAAAUAAUCGAGGUACACAACUUGCCAACACACCAAAGCAUUUUACCACUGCGUUUAGGCCCCGCAAGAUUCGUCACAAAUCUCAACAGCUUUAUUCACAUCAUUAAUCUUGAAAACUACAAAACAAACAUUGACGUUAUAGAAUACAAUCUUGACCUUUUCGAGAAACAUAUAUUUGAACCUAACAUCGUAAGAAUAACUAAGCUAAAACUUGCAGAAUUAAAGACCAAGUUUUUAGCAUUAUACCCAAUUAAAAGACAGAGAAGAGGGCUAAUAAAUGGACUAGGUUCCGUGAUUAAAUUCAUAACGGGUAACAUGGAUGACCAAGACGCUAGAACAAUAAAUCAACAGAUAGAAAACAUUUACUCAAACCUAAACAACGUUACAUAUACACUUUCACACGAACAUUCAAUCAACUUUAAAAUGAUUGAAAGAUUCAAUAACAUAACAUCCCACAUAAAUAACGAACAGCACACAAUAGAAAGAUACAUGUCGAGCACAACUAAUAAAAUAAAACAGGAAGAGGACAUACUAUUACAAACACAAUACCUCAACCAGAUAAACUACAACAUCGACCUUCUAACACACCACUUAACAAACAUAGCUGAGGCAGUAGUUCUGUCAAAACUAAAUAUAAUUUCAAGAUUCCUCCUCAGCCCGGAAGAACUCGAAAACAUAGAAGUCAAAUUAAAACAAAAAAAUAUUGAAGUCAGAUCUAUCGAAAAUAUUUAUGAAAUGCUAGGCAUGCAAGCCUACUACAAUGAAACAAAUAUCAUUUUUAAUAUUCUUGUACCGAAUGUCUCUGAAGAAGACUAUUUUCUAUACCACAUAAUUCCUUUACCAAUAAACAUAACUAAGUUAAUAAUAACAGAACCAUAUAUACUGUUUAAUGAAAAUUCCACACACCAUCACAAAACACUUUGCCCAUCGAUCGAAGGAACAUAUUAUUGCGGUAUACCGAUCCGACAGGAAGAAACCAAAUACUCGUUAUGUAUUGGAAACUUAAUAAACAAUAAAGAAGCAAAUUGCCCAAUUAGUGACGUUGGAAAAAGGGAAUCGAUCACACAAGUGGAACAAAACCUAAUACUUUUUAUACACUCACCAGAGACACUAAUAAAUUCUACUUGCAGUAUCAAAACUCUCACAGUAAAAGACACAGCCCUUGUGCGUUUCCAGAACUGUGACGUCUCAAUAAAUGGUAUAACAUACCACGAUGAUACCGAUGCAUAUUGGGAUCAACUCCACAUACCCCCGUUACCAAACAGCAACAUUUCCGUAAACUCCACAAUCGAAAUACUUAGUCUUCAAAAACUCGAGGAUUUCAACUUUCUAACCAACAACAGAAUUAGCAACCUGGAAAUAACCACUACAACAGUUCACUCAGUCACAACAACAACAACAUUAGUAUGCACAAUAGUAGUCAUUACCAUACUCAUCAUUGUCAUUAAACGAAAAAAUACGUACAAACACCACUUUCCACCUCCACAGCCUAUCACUCCGACCACAACAUCUUCAUUGUGGCCGUCGCUCUAUCUUAAGGGGGGAGGAGUUACGACACCCACCUUAUUGUCUCCACCAAAACCAGUUACGACACCCACCUUAUUAUCUCCACCAAAACCACCGAGAACGUUAACCUAUUGAUUUAGGUCAUAAUUAACGCUGAAUAACCAAUAAAUAUAUUUGUCUCAUAUAACCAAUAUCAUUGUUAACACCAACUAAUUAAUAAGAAAUUGUUUUGUAACUUUUAUUGUAUAAUUCCAAGAAAUCUAGCUUUUACUUUAAUCAUCAUUUAUUAUAUUGUAACUUAGUUUUCUUUAAGAUUUAAAAUGAAAAUAAAAAUUAUUCUUUGUUCAGACUUCAAAUUGCAAA